UUUUACCAACAAGCAUUGAAACCAGGCUGCAAGGAACGAGAGCAGCUAGAGCUGGACGAGCUGGUACAGCAGAGCUGAGCCGGUGACAAGCCGCCGUCUCUGUUGACUAUAGUAACAACCGGGGAAAAGAAAAGAAGUCCAGAGCGGUGAAUAAAUAAGGAACGACGACUGGCGUGAAGAAAAAGGCGAAUCGGAUCACUUUGAACCGAGUAACACUGCCCUUAUCCCGCCACACUACUACUUGAGGGGAGCGUAAGACAACCAGCGAGUAAAGUUGCUGAGCCAAUCUGCUUCACUUGUUAACAUUAUUAUUGAACGUAUGUGGAGGCCCCAUCUGUUCCCGUGUGGAUUUCAAACCCCAUCCCGGCGUCUUUGUCUUUGGAUGAGCAAUGCCUGUUGGACGGUAACACAGUGUUGCAGCACGAAAAUAUUGUGCCACAUGAGCCGGGAAGAUAUGGAUUCGCUUUCACUAUAGCAAAGAUUUGCAGCGGUUAAAAAAGUCCUUAUUCAUCUUUCCCUUUUUAAUUUAUUUCUUUAAUAAUAUUGUAUUGUCAUUUCAACUGAGCCCUGGGAUUUCUCGAAUCUUGUGGAAUUACAAUCAUGAACUUUGUUUUUAGUUUGAUACAAAUUCUCUUGGCAGCGGUGCUUCACCACCUACCCACUGUAAAGACUGCCAGCAUUACCAAAGGAGUGGAUAAGAGUAAAAACGAAGUUAUCCAGCUCACAGACGUCAUCAUGAAGAGUAGCUGCCAGCCCAGAGAAAUGCUUGUGGACAUUUACCAGGAGUAUCCAGAGGACAUAGAACACACUUACUUACCUGCCUGUGUAGUCCUUACUCGAUGUGGAGGCUGCUGCAAUGAUGAGGCAAUGGAAUGCGUGCCAUCUGAAAGCCGCAAUGUGACGCUGCAAGUAGUACGGGUAAGGUCAAAGUUCUCUCAGCAUAAAAUUGAACUGAGCUUCACAGAGCAUCAAAAGUGUGACUGCAGACUAAAGCCCGGAGUGCAAGCAAUGAACGAAUACCACUGUGCGCCUUGUUCAGAGAGAAGAAAGCGCUUAUUUGUGCAGGACCCUCUCACCUGUAAAUGCUCCUGCAAAUUCACACAAUUAGACUGCAAGUCCAGGCAGCUUGAAUUAAACGAAAGAACUUGCAGAUGUGAGAAACGGAGGAGAUGAGUCCAGUAGGUGCAGACUACACUGUUAUGAAGGAAUUCUUUUUGGCACAGCACUUUGAAAUCUGAGGAUGCAUUCCCUACAAAGGACACCCAAGGACAAUGCAAGAAAAGGAUGUUCCGGAUUCUCAUCUUCAUCAUCGUCUGUUUUCCACCUAGCGACAUUAAUAUAUAAAUAUGUGCAUUUACUCUAAAGUACAUGACAUCAACAGCGUGUAUUGCUGCUACUAUUUAAAACGAAUGCGCUGUCGGCGUGUGAAUGGGAAAUGUGACAGAGGCAGUAUGUUCAUGGGUAAAAAUAUAUUGUAUUUUAUUUUAUGUAAGACUUCACUGGAUGCUGGUCUGCUGUGGAUAUGAACCCAAACUACAUCUCGCUCUCUGGAAAAAAAAUUAGUGACCACAAUUUCAUCCAUUGAUGUAACGAGAGCCGAACUCGCCCGAUGAGGUCGGAUGGAUUAUGAAACGUGGAUGGCGAUACCUGUGGCACUUGAACUGUACGGCAUGUUUCAGAACUUGUUCUCCUCUGUGACACGAUAAGACAUGUUGUCUGUACUGUAGGAAAUGACAAUAGUUGAUGUAAUAAUAUAACUACAUAAUACGACACAACUGCUGACACCGGUUACGUGCUGUGGUGACGAAUAAUGUGACCUCCUUCCCAAACGGAAGUUCAGUGACGACGGCGAGAACCGAAAGAUAGGUUUGCCAAGCGACUUUGAUAAGACUCUGGGUUUCUCCCUAUGUUUGAACACCCUAUGAUAUUUGUUUGAAAGCUAAAGCUAUAUUCAGGGUUAAAGGUAUCGAACCACUAGCUUUCUGGUCCUGCCUUCAUCACAUAACUUUUAUUGGGUUGGAAAAGAUAUUUUAUUGACAUGCACAGUUUAUUUGUACUUUUUAUUUAGACCUUGUGUUUGACUUCACAUGUUUUGAGACCAUGUUAAAGGGAUAUUAAUGUAGUUGUACAUGACAAAGGGUAGUGACUAGAUGAGCUGAUGACUGUCAGUCGAGAAACACUUAACCUUGCAGGUUUUCUAGUUAAAGGUGCUAUGAAAUGCUAAAACAAGUGACUUUAAAAUGAUAGCAGAUCAUAUUUUGGACACAAAUCCAUCCCAAAAAACCUGACAGAAAAGGUAUAAUAAUGAAAUUAGAUCCUAAUUCGUCUUCCUUUCUCAGUCGCCCUUGGAUCGCCCACAAAAACAUCUAACAGAGGAUGCCCCACAACGAAUGAGUUGCAGAUUUUUGCAGGCUGCUAGCAUGCUAUCCAUACGCACGCUAUUCUCUUGUUGCUGUGUCUUACGUGGAUAAAGUACUUACUUUUUUAAAAAAAUUUAAGUAAAAGCACAGAUACAGGUGCAGAUAAUGAAAAAGUACAAAUAUCUAAGAAAAAAAAAUAAGUAAAAGUACAAAAGUACUUGCUGUAAAUGUAAAAAGUAAAACAUUUUUUCUCCCGGUGCAUAAAUUAAAUAUAUAUGUAUUAUAUAUAUAAUAUAUAUAUACCGUAAUUUUUGCACUAUAAGGUGCACCUGACUAUAAGCCGCCACCCACCAAAUUUGACACGAAAAACACAUUUGUUCAUAGAUAAGCCACACUGGACUACAAGCCCCAGAGGUCCUCACUGUAUUAUAAGUUAUUAUGGGGUACACCAAAAGAUAUUAACCGGUAACACUUUAUUUGACAGCGACUGUCAUGACACCAAAUGAACCACCAUGAAGCUUUGAACCAAUUGCCUGCAAAACUUUAUUGCUUCAAGAACCUUCAUUUGGCCUUCAAUGCUCCCUUAGGGGAGACAGACAACCUCUGCUGCCACCUACUGUCAACAGUGUUGUUGACCAACAUGCCCCCUAGAAUGCAUUGCAGCGCUACAGAUGUAAAUAACAAUCAAAAUUCAUGUUCUGUGCUAAUUCUUUCUUCAGUUACUGUUCCAGUUGUUUCAUUAAUUGCUAGUUAUGGUAUUUGGUAACACUUUAUUUGACGGUGGCGCCAUAAGACUGCCUUUACACAAUCAUAAUUAUGACAUGAUUCUGUCAUGAGAAUUAACAAAUGCUUAUAACAGAUGUCUUUUAGUGUUAUCCGGCAAAUUAUCUCACUUUUGAAUGGAUGUAAAAGAUCUGAGCUGGACAUAAAUGGCAUAAAUGACAUAAUUUUCCAGAUGAAACUUAAUGACAUCUGUCAAAAGCAUUCAGUAAUGCCCAUGAUAGUGUCAUGUCAUAAUUAUGACGGUCUUAUGACGCGCUGUCAAAUAAAGUUUACCUAUUAACCCAAAUAUACCAACAAAUAAGCCACACUGGACUAUUAGCCUCAGGAUUCAAAAAAGUAGAAGAAGGAAAAAAGUAGCGGCUUAUAGUCCGAAAAUUACGGUGUGUCUAUUUCUAUAUAUAUAUGUAUAUAUACAUAAAGAUAUUUUAGUCAAUAUUCAAAGAAAGAACAAGAAAAUUCAUUAACUGCUCAGUUUUAUUUAAAACUGUGCAGAGUGAAAAAACAACUAUUAAAAUGGACUGCACUUUAAACAGAAGCUUAACAAGCUCAAAAACUCCAAAACUUAGUUUCUUGCAAUCCGCCAUGAAACUAUCAGGUGCAAACCUCCACCUACUGUUCAAGAGCGUGGUGGUUUUUAUUAGUCAAUAUCUUGUUCACCUGCCUGAUCUUGCUUGUACACGUGUUGCUGCCUCUAGUGUUCAGUUACGGCAUAACUGCAUGGGUCUUAUCGAUUGCGCCGGAGGCAUGAAAACGAAACUCUAUUCCCAAUGAGAAAAAAAGAAAAUAAAGGUAACGUGUAACCCAGGCAACAAUUUGAAAAGUAGUAGAGUAAAAAGUAGAGAUACCUGCUGUAAAAUGUAGUGAAGUAAAAGUAAAAAGUACCACUUCAUAUUUGUACUCAAGUAAAAAUACACAAAAAUGCACUUAAGUACAGUAACUUCUACUUCGUUACAUUCCACCACUGAUAUCUACAUUUAAAUGACAUUAGUGCAGUCAUUUUCAUUUAUCUGACAUUUCAUAACACUUUUAAUAGCUUUGAUUUUGUUCCAAAAAAUAGUUGCGAUUCCACGACAGAGCCAAUCAUUAACUGUCUGUACAUACUUACUGGAUAUCCCUUUUUCAAAUAGACUACAUUUAAUUUAUAGACUGUUCAGUAUUCUAUAUUAUAAUAUUUAUAUGAAUUGUUACAGUGAUUUCAGUUUGUCCUCCCUUUCAAUCGACCUUGAGAUUGAAUAUGUUUGGGAUUUUGGGGAAUAGGGGGGACUGAAAACAAAGCUUUGACAUUCCUGAUUUGAACUAAAGCUAUGUUACUCACCAGUCGAAUGGGGGUGGGGAAAGAGUGGAGGUCAUAAUGGGCAUUUGACCGAUGGAAACCCCAGUCACAAGUAUGUGCGUGUGAUGCACCAGCACAGGUGCUUUUCAUUUUGGACUUGGGCAAUGGACAUGUGGUUUUGCACUUGCCCGCAGACACGUCAGAAGCAGGACUGAAGUGGUCUAGUUGCUGCUCAGCUCGGACCUAAAUGUGCGCAGAUUCUUGUCUUAAGGUCUCUAGUCCAAGGGUGGUCUAUUGGCACUGUACUUUACUUUUCUGACAAAACAGAACUGACACUUAAGUAUUUUAUUCAAGCAGGAGACAGUACAUAAAUUUGACAUUUUGAGCUGUUUCCAUAUGAGUCAAAUUCAGUUUCAGAGUUCGAAUAAGAAGUAAAUACUGUAUGUAUGUUAGUGUGUGUUUAUAUACAUACUAUUAUAUACUAUGUUGUCCUGAUCACAUUUUUUUUUUUUUUUUUGCACCUGAGUUCAUGUCUGACCUAAUUUUGAGGAUCUGUUGCUAUCGAGUACCGAUCCGAUACCUCGGCAAUUUAUUCAUUUAUUUCUUAAUUUAUUACCGGUACAUUCAUUUUUUGUUUCUUUAGACGAUAUCCUCUUCCAUCUUAUGCUGUUGCUUUGCAGCCAUCUUUUUUAAAGGGGAAUUUCAGAAUUUUUGAUAUUAGGCUUAAUCGUCGAGUUAGGGGGGGGUUUAAUUAGUUGUUGGAGUUGAUUUCAUCACAUUCCGUGCAGUUUGUUAGUUUCAGGGCUCCAGAGUGGCUAAGCUAGCGUUAGUCAAUGGUAGAAAAUCACAGAUGACCCAUGCAAUCAAGGGUGUUAGCUAUGUUUUCAAGAUACAUUUAUUAAAAUUUACUGUUCCGUGUCAAUAAUUGUAGUAUCAACAGCAAUAUUAAUUAUUAUAUAUAAUUGUAAUCCAGCAGGGAGCAGGGCGGAGUGAUAUCACAUCGUUUUUUUUCACGGCUGAUUUUUUAUGUCGCAGCCAGCAGCAGGUAACCACAGCGUAUAUUGUUCCUUGUUCUUCAUUGGGAAUUUGUGGAAACUUUCCUUUGCCAAUUUCUUGUGUUUCUAAAGCCUCUAAAUGCACAUUUCACCAUGUAGCUGUCCUUCAGUCAACUCAGCAGACUGAUGCUGCAUUCAAGGAAGGUGGGAAGUCGGAGUUUCCAAACUCCAACCUGGAAAAAUAUCAUUGGAACGCCACUCGAACUGGGAGAUCCUAGUCACAAAGUCGUAAGAAAAGUACCAGACAUGAAUAGUUGCUUCAAUCUGAUGUCACUCGACAAAAUAACGUUGCCCUUCAAUAGUAAAACUAAAGAAGGCAGUUUACAGUGUGUGGUAUUUGACCGCAGCUGUCGUUUUUAUACCAUUCAAGUGGGAUACGCCGGACUUCCCACCUUCCUCAAAUGCAGCAUGAACACGAGUGUCUGAAGCACUCCUCUAUUGUGGUCGCAUUACGCAUUAAAAAAAAAAAAAAAGUCCCUCAGAAUGAAAUGCAUCACGGUAGCUUGGUGUGACAUUCGAACUAUAAUCUGAAUUUUGAAUUUGUUUGACUAUCUUAGAUCUAUUAAUAUCGUUUUAUAUUGGCAUGCUAAGAUUAUACCAUUGACUCGCGUUAGCUUAGCCACUCCAGAGCCCUGAAACUAACAAACUGCAGGGAAUUUGUUGAAAUCAACUCCACCAACUAAUUAAACCCUUGCUAACUAAAAGAUUAAGCCUUAUGUCAAAAAUUAUGUUAUCUGAAAAUAACGUGAUUGGGCGCGAUUUCUGAUCACGUGAUCGGAUUACGGACAUACCUAAUGUAUAUGUGUGUGGGUAUGUAUGUUCAGGCUUCAGGCUGUAAUAUUUAACAACAGAGAGCACUCCGAAUGUAAAAUUUAGAGGCAAAACCUUCUCAAGUACAUCAUUGACACAACUAACCUUUUCUGCCAGUUGCAACACUGUUCUUUAUCAGCCAUGUGAGCCAGCAGUAAAUCCUGAUAUAACCACCCUCAAACUAAAGUCCUAAGACUGAGUUCACUAAGACUAUCAGCUGGGUCAGAGCCAAUGCCUCUCAAGUCCUCAGCUGAUGAGAACAUUCUUUUUGUAUUUAAAUGGAAAACAAUGUGUUGCAUUUGUACAGCCACAAAUGUUUUUUUAAUGUAUAUUUUCACAUUAAUAUAUAUUUAUUUGUGCUGUAAAUUCUUUUACAAUAUUAAUACCCUUCUUGUUGUUUCUAGUUUAACUAUUAAACAUAUUUA